AUGACUUUUGCUGACUAUUUCUCGCUGCAGGUCUUCUUCCUGGUGUUCAGAGAGACUCUGGAGACAGCGGUUAUUGUGACUGUCCUGCUUUCUUUUCUCAAAACCGGGUUCGGCGACAUCAGCAAGCUCGACGACAACGCAAGGCGGACGUACAGGACAAUGCGGCGUCAAGUCUGGGCGGGAGCUGCGUUUGGCAUUCUUGUGUGUAUCUUGCUAGGUGCGGUUUUCAUGUUUGUGUUUUACACGGUUGGUGAAAACUUGUGGGAUCGCACAGAGAAACUAUGGGAGGCCUUUUUCUGUAUCUUUGCCUCAGUGUUGAUUACCAUUAUGGGCCUUAAGUUUUUGCGUAUCAAUCGCCUAAAGGCCAAAUGGCGCCGCAAGCUGGCCCAGGUCAUCCUGGAGCGUGAUGCUGAUGUGCUCCCACAGAAAUAUACGGGCGUUAAAGGCAAGUUCAAGCAUUUCGGCCGCAAAUAUUCCAUGGCUAUCCUGCCGUUUGUCACCACCCUCCGCGAAGGUCUAGAGGCGGUCAUGUUUUUGGGAGGUCUGGGCGCUUCUGAACCCAGCAGUGCAUUCCCACUUGCAGUCAUUACUGCUAUCGCCACUGGAUCUCUGGUUGGUCUUUUCAUGUACAAAUCCGGGAGUCACCUGUCAAUACAGUAUUUUUUGAUCUUUUCCACCUGCUUCCUUUAUCUGAUAUCUGCUGGUCUGCUUUCGCGCGGCGUCUGGUUCUAUGAGAUGCACCAAUUCAUUUCCAAAGUCGGUUCCGAUGUUUCCGAGAGCGGAUCGGGCCCAGGCUCGUACGAUAUCACCAAGUCCGUCUGGCACGUCAACUGUUGCAACCCCGAAACCGAUGGCUUCUGGAUGAUCUUCAACGGCUUGUUGGGCUGGCAGAAUUCAGCCACGUACGGCUCUGUGGCCUCGUACAACCUGUACUGGAUCUUCAUUAUCUGCCUUAUCAUCUACAUGCAGCACAAAGAGAAAACCCAUGCCAAACUGGCUGAGGACCUCGACCUCGAUCGCGACCUUUUGCAAAGAGCGUCAAUUGCCGCUACUGGCCGCGGCGACUCUAUUGACAGUAACACACCACUUAUGAGCUAA